UGACAGAGCAAAGAUGUUGUGUGGAACUUUAAUAGUGUUGUUUCUGGUUGGUGCCACUUUAGGCGCCCCGCAGAAGUUCGAGUCACAGCACUUCAAAGUUGGAAUCGAAUACGAACAUUCUCUACCAAUGAAUGGCGGACAAGACAGAUACCGACAUAGGAACAACUACGACCCGUUCUUUGUAACUGUCACAGCCACGGCUAAGAAAGGCUACGUAAUAUCAUACCUGGAAGUGAAGGCAACGGUUGACGAGUAUGGUGAGGUGGAUUUCAACGUGGUCAGAGGACAAACUGGAUCUCGAACCUUGGUCUUCCAGCUCGUGUCCAACCAUUCUGACUUCCUGAGUUACUCGUACUUAGCCUAUGGCAUCAAGGAAGACGAAUACAAAAAGGUGAAUGAUGCGAGUUUAGGUAUACCUUUUUAGAUUACAAAUAUUAUAAGCCUGCCUCUACCCACAAACUAUGGCGUUGGGUUUCACCUGAAUAUUUAUACUUUUGUUAUGUUUAAUUUACUUUACCCUUUUGUCAAUCCCUC